UCGACAAUUCUCCAUUGAACCUGUUUUGAAGACAGUGUUUUUUACAAUUACAUGGUUUACAAAUGAAACAAACUUAUAUUUGGGGUUCUGAUGGGAUAUGACAGUUGAAAUGAGCACAGGAAGUAUUUAAAUUCUUAAAUUAUAUUCAUCAAGAAACAAUUACUACAUUGAAUUCAUUAAAGUUAAAAAGUAUGUACCGAUCUCAGAUUUCCCCUUUAAAUGUAGAAAUACAUGUUUAUUUUAAUAAUUUUUUUUGCUCUGCAUAUUUUUCAGAUUCCUCAAAUCUAGUAGCCACAAUGCCAUCACUUUCCCCUCCACUGGACUGUGGCUUCAAUGAAGAUACCAUAAAUAUGACUAUAACAAGUCUCUACUUUCUGUCGUUCAUCCCGGCCCUCAUCAUCAAUGGGGUAGCAGCCUGGGUCUGCAUGCACCUUCGGUCAACGUCCACCUUCAUGGUGUAUCUGAAGAACCUUCUGGCCGCUGACCUUCUCAUGACCCUGACCAUCCCUCUCAAAGCAGCCAAUAUCCUGCCCAGUGCUCCUCUGGCUCUGAAGGCCUUUUCCUGUCGCUACUCUGAUGUUAUUUUCUAUCUCUGUAUGUACAUGAGCAUCAUUCUAUUGGGCCUCAUCAGUCUGGACCGCUUCUUCAAGAUCAUCAGGCCCUGUGGCAGGUUGUUGGGUCAGAACCUGGUCUUUGGCAAAGUGCUGUCUGCCUCUAUCUGGGUGGUGCUGUUGGCCACUGAUGUCAUUCCAACCAUGAUCCUGACCAAUCAGGAUCCCACCAACAAGACUAAUGAAGCCUGUAUGGAAAUGAAGAGCGAAGCAGGACACGGUUUGCAUAGAGGCGUGGUCAUAUUCAACAACUCAAUCUUCUGGGUGGUGUGUGUUCUUAUUUGCUUCUGCUACAUAUGCAUAGCAAGGAAGGUUUUUAAAUCAUACAGGAAAUCAGGAAGCAGCAAUGACGAGGGGAGGCAUAAGACUAACGUGCGGGUGUUUUUGGUUCUGGUGGUUUUCUUGGUGUGUUUUGGCCCCUACCAUGCCAUACGCAUCCCCUACACCCAGCUUCAGGUUACCCAAACAACCAGCUGCGCUAAGGCUACCUUCCGGAUCUCUAAAAAGAUCACCUUGUGGAUGUCAGCCAUGAACGUCUGUCUGGACCCUCUCAUCUACUUCUUCCUCUGUAAGACCUUCAGAACCACCCUGUUCAAGACCCUCCGUCUCCCACCUGGGACCUGCUGCUGGCUCACUGGGAGAGGGUCCGAUCCCAACACAGCGGAGGAUCAGACCCAAACACAGGAGACUCCCCUGGGAGACUCAAAUCAAAUCAAAUCGAAUGUUAUUUGUCACAUGCACCGAAUACUACAGGUGUAGACCUUACAUUGAAAUGCUUACUUACAAGC